AGGGAAAGAGGCCUGCAGCUGAGUCCGUUGCCUUGUCGUGUUGGAGGGAUCGCAGCACCGACUGGCUGGCUGACACGCCUCGGCGGGUGGGUUACUCCGGCGAAGAGUCGACGAGGAGAUGGAGCAGAACACGAAGGGAGCGUGUGCGAGGUCGAUGUUUGGCAGUAGUCGUACCAGGUUGGUGGAGAUGGGAAGCAAGCCAGACUAGUCGGUAGUCGUGCGUGUGUGUGCGUCGAGGCAGGCCCCCCCUCGCUCGACUGGUCCAUGUCAAUCGAUGGUCGGCCCGCUGCCGCGCCUCGCUGCUCGACACUCCUCUCAACGCUCAGCUCGGAGCCUCGUCGUCAAGGCGUCUCCUCUCGUGCCGCCCGCCUCCCCGCUCCGCCCUGUCUCUCCCCGCCAAGUGCGCCCACGUCUCAGGGCGCUGGCGGGGCGAUUUUCCCGAGCUGUGAGCGCUCAGCUCACUCACGCCGCCGCCGACGACGCCUUAUCCUCAAGCCGAGCCGGUCAUCAAGCUCGUCGACACCUUCAGGCGUGCUCACGAUACCAUCGUCAGUAUCACAGCUUCUUGCACAUGCCGAGCAUCGUGAACAACACGCGCCAGUUGCAUGCUUGCUGCGCGUAACAGCCCCAAGCCCAGUGCUGAGCCGGCUGCACAAUCACGCGGCCCGGCGCCGUCAAACGCAGAUUCACGAUCUGGUCAUUGUGUCCAAGGAGCAUGCAUUGCGAGAUCCAAGAUAGCAGCGAGCAACAUGGUUCGCACAAGCUCUCUGCUCAGACUUCGCCCUCCCCGGCAAGGCUCUCAC